CCCUCACAGCCUGGCAUCAAGUUCACUAUCCCCCUAUCAGGCUAUGGAGGGACCAGCAACAUUAUUCUGGAAGACCACAGGAAGCGCUCAGACGGCUACGUGGCUAUGCUAAUGGGGGUGGCAGCAGGCCAGGUCUCCAAGCUGUGUGUCUGUGUGAGAAACACUGGGUGCAGGGCUGCCUUCGUUAAGGCUGUUCCCUACUCUGACCUACACACACGCUCUGUCAUGGACUCCUCGGACAUCAGCCUCUCUCCGUCUCAGUUCGUCCUGAAGGAGAGGACACAGGAGGUGAUCACGGUUCUGAUGAAGGUGACCCAGAGAGAGCAGACUCUGUGUCAGUCAGCUAAUGCCGUCCUGGCCACAGUCUGUCUCUUCUGUGGAGACGAGGUCUCACGACAACAGUUCAGGAGGUUGCUGCUGUCGAAGCCUGAGGCAGGCAGGAAGAUUCUGUCAGAGAACAGUCUGCUGAAAGGACUCAACUUCAACCAGAGGUUCCUGGGGGAGGAGCAGGUCCUGGAGGCCUACGACCUGCCCCAGAGCCCCAACCAGGCCCAGUUGUUCUAUGGGAACCUGAGUAAGGUGGUGUUGUCAGUGCUGGGCAGCACAGAGACCUUGGACUCUGGAAGGACUGACCCCCAUGUCCAGCACCCCCUAGCUGUCACCAGGAGAGGCUCGGAGGCUGACAGUGGUUUUGGGAACUCAGACCGUCACAUCAGCAACGUGUCUCUGGAUGUACUGCCUGUGAAGGGUCCUCAAGGCCCCGCGUUACCCAGGACAGAGCCCUCUGGGACAGGGACAGAGCCCUCUGGGACAGGGACAGAACCAGGGGACCACAGGGACUCCUGGAGCCUCCAGCCUGAACAGCUGGUCCUCACCUCUCCCACUAUCAACGGAGCCUCCAACACCAGACAUGUCCUGAUCCAGAACCACUCAUCAUCCAGAGAGCUGAGCUUUGAGUUGUCCUGGCCAGCCCACUGUCUCACUGUUACCCCUCAACAUGGAGUUAUAGAACCACGGUGCCACCUCCAGAUCCUCAUCAGUCCUAAUCCGUCCCUAGCAACCAGGACAUCCAUGUUUCCAUGGAGUGGCCAAAUCUAUGUCCAGUGUGACAAUCAACAGAAGUUCAUCAAAGUCCAGAUCCGUCAGGACCUGGCUCUGGAUGUAUCAACGGCCCCAGCAGACCGGAGCCUAGCCCCCUUCCUCCUCAGACUGCUAGCCCCAUGCCCACCUCCAUGCUGCCCCCUGCAGGCCAACCCCCCUGACCAGGACCGCUCCAGCCACGGUAGAGAUCAGUAA